UGGUCGCCAUACGUGGAGGCGAGAGGAGUCGAGGGUGAGAGGCGACAUUUGCAUCACUGAACACCACUUUCUGCUGCAGUGCGACGCGUGGGAGGCGCCUGGGGGAAGGGAAUGCAACCAUGGACUUCAGCUACCUAUUAGAACUAGCCAAGACCAAUGAUAAGGCCAACAAGGAGGAGGCCUCAGUCUCGAGGUUCUCCACCAAGCUGUCUCGGCCCAAGAAGGAGGCUCGGCCAGGUCCCAAGGUGGAGGCAGUCAAGGCUGUCAUUGACAAAAUAGUCACCGACAAGCAGAAGGAGAAUGAGGUGGCACGCAAAAAGAAGGAGAACCUGCUGAUGCUGCGAGCGCAAGACAGGAAGUCCAACAAGCGCAUCAAGGCCAUGAUCAACAUGAGCAAAGGAGCUUCCAAGUCUGUGCUGGAGGAUGCCAAGGACAUCACCACCGCCCAUGGGGAGGAGCAAUGUGAUGAGGAUGACUAUGGCUAUGAGUCCAACAUGAGUCAGCAGAUCUUCAGCAAACUGGCCAAUCGCUACGCCAACAUGCCUGAGGACGACAAGCUCAAAUUUGUGCGCAACAAGAAAGGAAACAUUGAUGACAUCAAGAGUCGCGUCAUCAACACGCUGAAGAAGGAGGAGGAGGAUGAGUCUGGUCCACGGCGGAGGAAGCGCAAGAGGCGAGGCAAUGAGGAGGAUGAUGAUUUCAUCAAUGAUGGGGAUGAGUACGAUGGCACACCACUGGCUACCCCACACUCCUCCAAAGAGUCCAAAGAUUCCAGGGGAAAAGUUGUCAACGUCAAUCUAACUAAUUACAAGAGUGACAAGUACAAUAACUUCAAAUACGGCAAUGACCAGGGCAGCAAGGACGACCCAGAGAAAGAACACAAGAAGAAAGCGCGGGAGAAGAGCAAAAGCAAGGCCGCCCCGCCACCCAUGAGCUUUGAGGAGCUGUUGCGUGUAGCACAAAAAAAGCACCAGGAGACUCCCAUUGUACCCCCUAAGGAGGAAAUGGUUCGGAGUAAGGACAAGGACAAGAAGAAAGACAAUGACCGGCCCCUCACUGCCAAGGAGAAGGAAGAGCAGGAGGAAGAGAGACGGAAACUGAGGCGCAUGGGUAAACUGCCGCCCGAAAAGAAGCCGUCGCCGCCAGACGCUGAGACCGACAAACAGAAGAAAGGCGAGAAGGGCAAAGGCAAGGGUGGUGAAGGAGGCGGAAACAGCAGUGGUGGUGGUGGUAGUGGAGCCUCAAAGCUAAAGAAGGCACUGGAGGCACCGCAGCCAGAGCCCAAGGCAACCGACCGCUCCAAAUAUUUUGCUGUGCCAUUUUCUCAGAAGCCUCGGGACACCCCAGCUGCCCCACCACCACCAAAACCCCGGCCUCCACAAAAUGCACGGCCCCAAGGCUCCUCACGGCCUGCACCUCCGUACAGAGAAGGCAAACCCCAGAAACCAGCGGCUCCUCCGACCAAGGACGUGCGGCCCAACAAACCCUUCAAGCCGCCGCCGCCUCCCAAGGGUCGAUCGGGACCACCUCCGGGGAUGCACAGGCGGCCACAGCGGCCCCCGAGCCCCCAGGGGAAGAUGCGCAUUGAGAGUGAUGACGAGGAAGAAGAUUAUGAUUCUGAGAUGGAUGAUUUUAUUGAUGAUGGUGAGGAUGAAAUGGACUUUUCCAGCGAGAUCAAGAGGAUGUUUGGAUACGAUCGCAACAAAUACAAGGACGAAGACGACGACGUGGACGACAUGGAGGCGUCUUUUUCCCAGAUGCAGAAGGAGGAGCGGAUCUCGGCCAAGAUCGGCCUGAAGGAGGACCUGGAGGACAUGAAGCGGGAGGAGGAGGAGAAGCGACUCAAGAUGCUGCGGCUCAAACAGGCAAAAAAGGCACGGAGAUGAGGGGAUGCCAUUUCCACCAGUGUGUUUGUGUGUGUGUGUGUGUGUGUGUGUGUGUGUAUGUGUGUAUAGUGACAUAGUUGUAGUGAACAGUCCUUGAGCAAUGCUCAUAGUGCUCUGUUGUUUGUCUCUAUCUAUCCUGCCUUUCUUUACAUUGUGAGCACCCAUUGGUGCAAUUCAUUCUUUCAUUCCAUUCAAAAUGUCAGUGCAUCUGUGUUGAAAUCCAUAUAUAUUUCUUGUCAUCACUCGUCACCCAUGCAUCUAGUCUUAAUAUUCUUCUUAUGUAAAUGUGGAGAGAGAGAGAGAGAGAGAGAGAGAGAGAGAGAGAGAGAGAGACAUUUGGCUGUGCACACGUGCAUGUGUUUGUACAUUAUUUUAUGUGAAUUAAGUGCCUGCAUGACCAUAAAAGCAUCACCUUUGUCUUAAUCUUAAGUGAGGAUGUUGGAGGCUCUGAAUUUCCUGCUUAAAUUCACUGUGUUUCUCCUUGUCAUGUGAUACCUGCUUGUCUGACACUGAGCUGCUGAGUUGCUCGUCAGGCUCAGGUGGUGAUGCUGGAGACAUGCUGGGUUGAUGGAUUGAGGUUGCCUGUGAAUGGUGUAGAGAUACUUUUAUCCUGGACAGUAGAAAUGUUGUCAGCUUUUCCUUCAUUGAUUUGCUAGUUUUCUUUUUACAGAUUAGGAUGUGAAUUGAUGUUCAGUCUCCAAGACAAACUGGGAGUCAGCAUUCAGGGACAUGUGCCAAUAUCAAUAAUUAAGAAAAUACCA